AGUGGUGACGCUAGGUCGUGGUGGUGGUGGUUGUGGUUUUUGAAGUGAGUGUAGUAGGAAUGGCGAUGACGCAAGGGGUGCAGAAAAACACGCUGUACGUGGGAGGGUUAGCGGAGGAGGUCAACGAGUCAAUCCUCCACGCCGCCUUCAUCCCCUUCGGCGACAUCAAGGACGUCAAGACGCCACUUGACCAGGCCACGCAGAAGCACCGCUCAUUCGGCUUCGUCACCUUCCUCGAACGCGAAGAUGCCACCGCCGCCAUGGACAACAUGGACGGUGCUGAGCUCUAUGGCCGCGUCCUCACCGUCAACUACGCCCUCCCCGAACGCAUCAAAGGCGGUGAACAGGGCUGGGCCGCCCAACCUAUUUGGGCGGAUGCCGAUACCUGGUUUGAGCGCCAGCAGCAGGAGGAGGAGAUGCGGCGGAUUGAGGCGGAGAAUCGCGCGGCAAUGCAGGCGGCGGAGGAUUUGCACCGAAAACAAGUGGCUGAACAGCGAGAGGGAGAGAAGGAAGAGGAAGUUGAGAUCAAGGAUGAUCCUAUGGCCAAGGCUGAAGCUGAGGUUCUAGGACAAUAGAUUACGGUGAUCUGUCAAAUCGGAGCAACUUGCUCAAAGGAAACUCCACUCUAGUUAUGGAGGAUGCAUUCGAUGAAGCCGUUGACCAGAAGUAUGUCAUAUCUGCUAAAGUUGUACUACUUUAUGAUGGUAUACAUUCACACUGAAUGACUCAAUAGCAUAUUACCAAAGUCCUGACUCAGUAACAAUAGAUAUAUGGAUAGAUGGUUUUUGCUUAAUCCAGUUUGACAUUUUUAUGGAUAGAUGGUUUUAUCAAGGGCUAUUGAUUAGUACUAUACCACAAACCCCUUACUCGGACAAGUUUGAACUAUUCUAGUUUCUCAAUGUUCAGCCAGUCCUUAAACAGAAAAGAAUCCACUUUGGAUUGCUUCUCCAUAAAAAAUAGAAUUUUGUUUCUGCCA